GUGUUUCCAUCCUUUCCCAACUUUCUCUUCUUACUUUUUAUCUGUGUCUUUCUCUCUGCCAGGCAUAAUCCCCCAUUUCUAUUGAGAGAGAAACGAAAGAGAGAGAUUCUAAAAUCCACUAACUUUUCGUCUUCCUCUAUUAACCCGAGCAUUUAUCGGUUCUUUCACUCUCUUUUUUUUUACCUUGACUCGACGCCACCAGGAUAUUUUUUGGUGAUUCCCUAGAAAUGGCUGCUACUGCAACUGCCUCUAGUAUCAGAUAUGCACCAGAGGACCCUAGUCUCCCCAAACCAUGGAAAGGCCUCGUUGAUGGUAGAACUGGGUAUCUUUACUUUUGGAAUCCUGAGACAAAUGUAACCCAGUAUGAGAGGCCUACAAACUUUACUCCUCCACCGAGGUCUUCCUCAGUGCCAAUAAGCUCUUCUGUUCAAGUUCAACAAUCUUCGGAAGGACAACAUCGUGAUCGUAGUCCUGAAAAGGAAGAUGAUAGGUAUGGUCAAGGGACCAAUGGUGGAUCAAAGCUUGAUGCUGGCUCAAGGGGAAAUCAGAGCUCAAGAGGAGCAGCUGUUCAAUCACAUAAUAUCCCAAAUGGAACAGCAAUUGUGGGACAUGGAGGAUCAUCUGUGAGAGGUUAUGGAUUGUCAAAUGCUGCAGUCAGUUUGUCUCCUGAUGCUUAUCGCCGGCGACAUGAAAUAACUGUGACUGGUGAUGAUGUACCUCCACCUUUUAUGUCAUUUGAAGCUACUGGUUUUCCUUCUGAGAUUCUUAGAGAGGUACACAAUGCCGGAUUCUCUGUACCAACUCCAAUUCAGGCACAAUCGUGGCCUAUUGCUUUGCAAAAUAGGGACAUAGUAGCCAUUGCAAAAACAGGAUCCGGCAAAACACUGGGUUAUCUAGUUCCAGGCUUUAUUCACCUGAAGCGUCGCCAUAAUAAUCCUCAAUUGGGUCCUACUGUUUUGGUAUUGUCACCAACAAGGGAGUUGGCUACUCAGAUACAAGAUGAAGCUGUGAAGUUUGGGAGGUCAUCGAGAAUUUCUUGCACGUGUUUGUAUGGAGGAGCACCCAAGGGUCCUCAGUUGAAAGAUAUAGACGGAGGAGUAGAUAUUGUGGUUGCCACUCCUGGUCGCUUGAAUGAUAUUCUUGAGAUGAGGAGAAUCAGCCUCAAUCAAGUUUCUUACCUUGUGCUUGAUGAGGCUGAUCGCAUGUUAGACAUGGGCUUUGAACCUCAGAUAAGAAAGAUUGUGAAGGAAGUGCCUGUCCGUCGCCAAACCCUCAUGUAUACUGCAACAUGGCCGAAGGAAGUUCGGAGAAUUGCAGCAGACCUAUUGGUGAAUGCUGUUCAGGUCAAUAUUGGCAAUGUUGAUGAGCUUGCAGCCAACAAGGCCAUCACACAGUAUGUAGAAGUAUUGGCACCCAUUGAAAAACACAGAAGAUUGGAGCACAUACUACAUUCUCAAGAACCAGGAUCAAAGAUAAUUAUAUUUUGUUCAACAAAAAAGAUGUGUGAUCAACUUGCCCGGAAUCUUACACGCCAAUUUGGGGCUGCUGCUAUUCAUGGAGACAAAUCUCAGGGUGAGAGGGAUUAUGUGUUGAAUCAGUUUCGUACUGGGAGGUCUCCAGUGCUUGUAGCCACUGAUGUUGCCGCUCGAGGAUUGGACAUUAAAGACAUCAGGGUGGUUGUCAACUAUGAUUUCCCCACUGGAGUUGAGGAUUAUGUUCAUAGGAUUGGGAGGACUGGUAGGGCUGGUGCUACUGGACUGGCUUAUACGUUCUUUGGUGACCAGGAUGCAAAGUAUGCUUCUGAUCUUAUUAAACUUUUGGAGGGAGCAAACCAACGAGUACCUCCUGAACUUCGUGAAAUGGCCUCACGUGGUGCUGGUAUGGUCAGGCCUAGACGUUGGGGUACCGGUCCUGGUGGUCGUGAUGGCGGUCGUGGUGGACGUAGUGAUUCAGGUCAUGGGGGAAGGGAUGGUGGGAGGGGUAGUUGGAGUAUUUCUAGUUCCUCUUCUAGAGGUGGAGGCCAUGGAGAUGAUCAUGAGUCACGUGACAGGGGCCGCUACUCUGAUGGGCGUGAUAGGGGUCGUAGUCCUAGUCGAAGCCCUGACAAAAGGUCUGGCUGGGGUGAUCGUAGUAGAAACCUUAAUCGUGACCGCAGCCACAGUCGGAGCCCACCAUUUGCACGUGGACGCUCUCCACUGCGUAGCUUUCACCAGGCAAUGAUGGAACGGGGUCGGACAUCUCCACCACCUCAGCAACGUCAGCCACCUUACAACGGUGACAGACAAAGGGAACACAAGAGUCCAUUUCGAGAAAGAUCACCAAGGGGUGCAAGUGGUCAACCUUAUUACGGGGAAGAAGAUGAGGAAGGGAUGAUACACCCAGAAUGAAUUAUGGAACUAGGUCAUUUUUGAGAGCCUGGAAGAUGGGCAGCAUGAUUACUAAAUCCAUACUUGGAAAAAAUUUUGUUGAUCUGAUUGUAUCUCUAAUGCUGCUUUUUGCCGGUUUCAGUCGGUUUCAAACUGGCAGUUGAGGCAAUUGUAAGAGUAACAAGGGCUAUGAAGUCCCGUUUUGGUGAAUGUGUCUACCUUAAUGAAGGGUCAAUUAGGUGUUGGUCUUUUAAGUAUAUGUAGUUUCUUAGUUUUUAGUAAACGAAAUAUGGAAAUAGACGUGUAUGUAGCACCCGAAGCAUAACAAAGGUUUUUUCUUUUAAAAUGUAUUGGGCCUUGUAAUUCUAUGACUUUCUUUUAUAAUUAUCAAAGUCUGGAAGACGAGCCUUAUUCGUUGUAUGAA